AUGGACGUCGUCGCCGCGGUGUCCGGCUACAUCUCCAAGAUGGUCACCGCGGGUGAUCCAUCAACGACCGGCUCCUCCACAUCGAAGAUGAAGAUACUAUUACUUGAUAGUGAGACAGUGCCAAUCGUCUCCACUGCAAUUACUCAAUCUGCCUUGCUGAACCACGAGGUAUACCUCAUCGACCGAGUGGAUAACGCUGCUCGAGAGAGAAUGAGACAUCUACGUUGUCUUUGCUUUGUGCGGCCCUCUGCGACAUCCAUACAGCUUCUUAUCGACGAGCUCCGCGAGCCCAAGUACGGCGAAUAUUACAUCUAUUUAAGCAACAUUAUCCGUAAAUCGUCCCUCGAACGCCUGGCCGAAGCCGAUGUACACGAAGUGGUGCGGGUCGUCCAGGAACAUUUUGCCGACUUUCUAGUGAUUAAUCCGGACCUAUGUUCUCUGAAUCUAGGUUAUCCAAACCAGCGGCUCUGGGCCAAUUCCCCAGAUGUGUGGAACGCGGAUGCGCUGCAGCGAACAACGGAGGGCGUGGUCGCGACGUUACUUUCUCUCAAAAAGAACCCGCUCAUUCGUUAUGAGAAAAAUAGCCUUUUGGCCAAAAAGUUGGCCACCGAGGUUCGCUAUCAAUUAACGCAGGAGGAGCAACUUUUCAACUUUCGCAAAACCGACACGCCCCCAAUUCUACUUAUCCUCGACCGUCGCGAUGAUCCAAUAACGCCACUUCUAACACAAUGGACUUAUCAAGCUAUGGUGCAUGAGUUAAUGGGCAUCCAUAAUGGACGAGUCGAUCUCCGUGACGUGCCAGAAAUCCGUCCCGAGUUGCGGGAAAUUGUUCUUUCUCAGGACCAAGACCCAUUCUUCAAGAAGAAUAUGUUUCAGAAUUUUGGAGACCUCGGGCAGAAUAUCAAAGAGUACGUGGAACAAUAUCAAGUGAAGACUAAGAAUACGAUGAACAUCGAGUCUAUUGCCGAUAUGAAGCGCUUCGUGGAAGAUUAUCCCGAGUUCCGCAAACUUUCAGGCAAUGUGAGCAAACACGUCACGCUGGUCGGGGAGCUUAGUCGGCGAGUAGGGGAGGAGACUCUGCUUGAUGUGAGUGAACUAGAACAGAGUUUAGCUUGCAACGACAACCAUAACAGCGACCUGAAGAAUCUGCAAAGAAUCAUCCAGGUACCCACAGUACCUCGCGAGAAUAAGCUGCGCUUGGUGGCUUUAUAUGCCAUUAGAUAUGAAAAGCAGCCGUCAAACGCUCUUCCGAUCCUCCUUGAUCUGCUUGUAACGGCAGGUAAUGUACCUUCACACCGGGUCAACAUCAUACCGAAACUACUCGCGUACCACCACUCAUUGCAGGCCCCGCCUAUUGCCGGCGGCUUCUCUGACCUGUUUGAAUCAACGUCGCUAUUCUCCGGUGCACGUGACAGAUUCAAAGGCUUGAAAGGCGUGGAGAAUGUCUAUACGCAGCAUUCGCCACGACUAGAAGCGACUCUGCAGAAUCUGAUCAAGGGCAGGCUCAAGGAGCUCCAGUAUCCAUUCCUUGAAGGUGGCGGUCAUAUCCGAGACAAGCCGCAAGAUAUCAUUAUCUUCAUGAUUGGCGGAACAACAUACGAAGAGGCAAAGAUGGUAACUCAGGUCAACGCCAGCUCACCGGGUAUACGGGUAGUCUUAGCCAGCACGUCUGUUCACAACAGUAAGAGCUUCACCGAGGAAGUCGAUGAUGCUGUGAGCGGAUGGCCGGAGCCUGCACCAUCCACCGCCGCUGGACGGCUUCGGAGAGACAUUGGACGGUAG